GGAUUGGUUCAAUGAAUGUCUGAGAAGAGAAAGAACCUAUCAGUCUCUUUUGGGACUCACCUUAUAAAAGAGUAUCCCAGUCCCAGAGCCAAAGUCUUCAGGAGGGAAGGGACCACGAGCAAGUCGUGUUUGGCUUCAGGGCUCACCUGAUACCUGUGCCACAGCAAAUCCUCAGCCAUGAAGAUCCUUUACCUGCUCUUUUCCCUCCUCUUCUUGGCGCUCCAGGUUUCUCCAGGUUUGUCUUCGCCCCGGAGGGAAAUGAUAUUCUGUAGAGGAGGGAGCUGUCACUUUGGAGGAUGUCCCUUCCACCUGGUUAAAGUUGGGAGCUGCUUUGGGUUCCGCUCCUGCUGCAAACCGCCAUGGAACUUAAGAAAUGUUGAUGAGCCAUUCAUUGAAGAGCAAUGAAAAUUUCUUCUAAGCCUACAAAUUUGCAUGGAAUCUCCCUACUCCUAAACCCACUGGAUCCUGCUGCAAAGCCUCAAACCCCUUUCAUUGCCAAUGCAAAAGGCUUUAUGAUAUAGAGUAAACCCAAAUGUGCUCUGUAUUGCUUUCCCUCCUUCUAAAUAAAUUGUUGUUGCUUAGCAUUGGUCACUGAAA